CCCGCGCUUGCUUCUAGGUUGGACGUUCUUUCCAGGUUGUGCAGCACCAGGGACUUGGGACCUGCACCGAAAGAAUAGCCGGCAGCUGCAACCUCGAUUCCGAUCCCAGGCUACGCCGAUUUUCGCAGCACCCAUCGAUAACGCCGCUUCUCUCGUGUUGCCCGAUCUGCCGACGCAAUUGAGUCGGCGUCCUGGUGCAAUUAUCCUCACCCGGCCCUGUCUUUACUUCGCAUGCCUCUAUGGGCGCCCUCUCGCCGGUCCGAACGAAACAUGGGAGAAAACCGCCGCCAUCAAAUAUCGUAGAUUCGGUCAAGGCGCUGUUUCUUUGUCCUUGAUUUGGUCGAGUUUCCAGCAUGGCUGCGACGCGAUACUCCUCGAACGAGCUCCGGCGUCAAGUUGGUUCGCCGCGGUCAAAGGGGCGAGACAACAAGGAUACUUUGUGUCGCAACAUUCUUAUAUAUGGGAACUGUCGCUAUGAAGACCAAGGAUGCACCUUCAACCAUGAUCAGAACAAGGGUUCAUCUUCCCAAACGGACUUUGCCAAAAAGACCUUCAACGUUGAGUCACCGGCCUUCACGCCCUUAAGUCAGCAGUCUGCGCCGGCAAAGAAGUCCACCCUCUUAUCUCAAGCUGCAAACGCGGCUCCAUUUACUCCUCGUGGGGCAGGCACGCCAAACCUGCAGCAGGCCACCGAAGCUCCGGUGUUCAAUCCUGCAGCCAUCCGGGAGUUCACCCCACAGAACUAUGAUUUAGGGAACCCUUCUGCCAACGGCGUUGCACAGGACAAUGGCCUGUACAAUGACCCGUUCACAACAAUGGGAACCAUAACCGCGGCGUUGCCCUCCGCUGGGCAGUUCAACCUCUAUGCGUCCGAACACAAUGCCCUUGCUGGUUCUGGAGCGUCAUUCUAUCCGCAGCAUGGAGCCUUCCCCACGGGACCGCUUCAGCCGCCCAAUUAUCACCUUUAUCAACCCUUCGAUACAUUUCGUCAAGAACUGCAGCCGUGGCAACGGACAACCUAUGAUUUCUUUACGCCGGCCAAGGUGCGGGAGGAGCUGCAGAAGAAGAUGUUUGCCACCCAGCAAGUGAUGCCAAACUCUGGGUUGCCCCAGCUUGAGCGAUGGCAUUCACUGUUUCCCCUGGACACGAACAACAGGAAGAACACGUCAUCUUUCGGUUACCCGAGCUGGGUGUAUAAGGCGCAAAACAGCCGAACUGGGACUCACUACGCCCUCAGGAGGCUUGAAGGUUACCGGUUAACCAACGAAAAGGCCAUUCUUACCGUUAUGAAGGAAUGGAAAAAGAUCAAGAACGCCGGUGUCGUAACGGUCCACGAAGCCUUCACAACCAGGGAGUUCGGCGACAGCUCCCUCAUUUUUGCCUUUGACUAUCACCCACUCUCCAAAACAUUACAAGAACAUUACUUCCAAUCCACACACGGCAAUCGGUACAGAGCACCCAAUGCCGUGCAGGAGAAUGUUCUUUGGGGGUAUGUGUGCCAGAUCGCCAACGCACUCAAGACCAUCCAUUCGAACCGACUUGCAGCUCGGUGUCUCGAGCCAAGUAAGGUUAUCUUAACGGAUAACAACCGAAUUCGGCUCGCUGCAUGCUCCAUUUUGGACGUAGUGCAGUUUGAGAGCAACACCAAGCCUAUUCAGGGGCUCCAGGAAGAAGACCUUGUCAAGUUUGGCAGGCUUAUCCUUUCACUAGCUACUGGUACACCACCUGCGCACCUCAACAACAUCCCAGCAGCGCUGGAUUCGCUGGUCACCAAAUACUCGGCAAACCUGAAAGAUGCGGUAGCGUGGCUCAUUGCACCACCCAAUCCGGGCGAAUCCAAAAGCAUUGAGAACUUCAUCGGCGGCAUUGCCACGCACAUGACGACCUUCUUCGAUCUGAGUCUGCAGGACAACGACGAUAAACAGUUCCACCUGGCUAAGGAACUUGAGAAUGGCCGUGUUGCGCGGAGCGUAAUGAAGCUCAUGACGAUAGUCGAACGCGGGGACCUCGGCGGCGCGCAGGGCUGGUCCGAAACGGGGGACCGGUACCAGCUCAAGCUCUUCCGCGACUAUGUCUUCCACAGGGUCGAAGCCGACGGCAAGCCCAACCUCUCCAUCGGACACAUGCUAACCUGCAUGAGCAAGUUGGAGGCUGGGAUUGAUGAGAUGGUGAUGUUGACCAGCCGCGACAACGAGACUGUCUUUGUGCUCACGUACCGAGAGCUCAAGAAGAUGUUUGAUCGGUCAUUCAAUGAACUCGUGAAGCAUAGCAAGACUGGCGCCCCCGGGGCGAACAACUAGGAGUCUCGCUUGCCGCCGAGGAAUGCCCCAGCACAGCCUGCUUCCAUGAGAUCGUUUCCACCAAGGUUUCUUAACGGCGUCUUUUCCGCCGGGCCUAGGUGGCAGAGAUGGGUGUAAACACGAGUUGGAUGAGCAGACAGCAACCCCAGCUGUCGCAGGUACCGGACCUGGAGGGGAAGCGCAUUGGGACGCAACUCACAGAGAUUUGGAGCCCUCCAAAUGGUGUGUAUAAGAUGACACAGAAGUGUCAAGUGGUGCAACUGGGGAAGUGGGGGGGCCUCAGAGCGCUCACUCGCGAGUGGGAUGAUGCAUCUUUAUAUGAACAGAAACACGGUAGCUGGUAUCGCAAGUCAACUGCAGCAUGUUGAUUACUCAACCACAUGCAUCGCUUUGUCACUAUAUAACACAACAGAAAAUAUCAAUAUCUUUCCCUCUG